AUGCGGGCCUACAGACUGCUGCAGCUUGUACAGCAGACCAGCAGAGGGUUCGAGGCCGGCGCCGCCCUGCGCGGCACGGUGGCCGCAGCGUGGGGCAGCUCGGCGGGUGGCGGCGCGAGCGGCGGCUCCGCUGCCCACAGAGCGCCGAGGAGCUUGGUGGCCGUGCCGCGCGCCCUCUACCACAAGCGCAACCCCUUUGGCUUCCGUGUGGUGCGGGAGGAUGGCGAGGAGCUGCCCGGUGUGAAGAACCUGGAGCUCAGCAUCGACGAAAUGGACGAGCAGAGGAAGAAGGUGGAGCGAGGUGUGGAGGAUGCCAAGGCGGCGGCGCUCAAGCUGCUAGGGGCGCGGGCGCACUCUCGCAAGGAGCUCAAAGUGAAGCUGCUUGAGAAGGGGCACGAGCUGCACGAUGUGCGGGAUGCGCUGGACCGGCUGCAGUCAGUGGGCCUGCAGAGUGAUGAGGAGUUUGCGGAGACCUUUGCGCGGUCCAAGUGGCGGCAGUCCAAGUGGGGGGCGCGCCGCAUAGAGCUGGAGCUGCAUCAUCGGGGCGUGAGCCAAGAGCUGGCCGCCGCGGCGCUGCGCAGCGUGUUUGGCGAGGGGCUGGACAUGCGGCAGCACCUGGAGCAGAUGCACGAUGAGGACGCGCAUGGGCAGCACAGCUCGUCGCUGUUUGCCGGCCCGGAGCAGAUGCUGCUAGAGGGGGUGCGCAGGCAGUGGGAGCGCAUGGCGCGGCUCACAGAGGAGGCGCGGCGGCGGCGGUUUGUGGCCUGGAUGCAGCGACGGGGGCACCGCUGGGACGAUAUCCGCGGCCUGCUGCACCAGCUAGAGAAGGAGGAUGCGCAGCGUGCCAUCGAUGGCGAGCUCUGA